AUGGCAAGGACAAGCAGAGGUCGGCAGAAAGUUGAGAUGGUGAAGAUGGUGAAAGAUAGCAAUCGGCAGGUGACAUUCUCCAAGCGAAGGUCGGGUCUGUUCAAGAAGGCGAGCGAGCUGUGCACGCUGUGCGGCGUUGAGAUCGCCAUCAUCGUGUUCUCGCCUGGCCACAAAGUCUUCUCCUUCGGCCAUCCCAGCAUUCAGGCACUGCUCGACCGCUUCCUUGCUCGAAACCCUACCAAACUAGCCACCUCCUCUUCGUCUUCCUCCGCACAUCGCAAUGCUCAAGUUCGUGAACUCAACGCCCAGCUCACCCAGGUGCUACAAGAAGUGGAGAUAGAGAAGAAGCACGGGGAGGAGCUAAACCGAAUAAGGAAGAUAAGCCAAAGCCAUUGUUGGUGGGAAGCACCAGUGAGGGAGCUUGGGCUGGAUCAGCUCCAGCACCUCAAGGCAGCAUUGCAAGAAUUCAGCAAAAACAUUUCAAGGCAAAAGCUUUUCCUCCAAACCUGCUCCGCUCCUACUCCUACUCCUCCACUGCAGUUUUUUGGCCCAGCUAACCCCGCCAUGGCCACACUGCCGACUGCAGAUAAUCAUCUUCAAUAUGACAUCAAGAACAUUAAUCCUACUACUACUACCACCAACAGUAAUAACAAUCUUCAUCUUCAUCAUGGAUAUGGGUCAGGAUUCUACUAA